AAUGGAUAAACUUUCAUACUUAAAGAAAUAUAUGGAUAAUGGACAAUCGAAAACAAAAGUUACUUAUCAAAAUAAUAUUAAAGAUCAAGAUAAUAUUGAUGUAUUGAUGGGAAGAGUGAUAAGUAAAGAAAACUAUAAUGAAUUGGAACAAUAACCAAUAUUUGUGGAAACACCUGAAUCUAUACUCAUUGAUAAAUAGAAGAAAUAAUUGUUUCUCAAAUAGAUGAUGAAUAAAGAAAGAAGUAGAAGCAAUAGUUAAGGAUCUAGUUCAUCUGAGUCAGAUUCAGAUUCAGAGUCUGAUAAUUCUUCUAGCAAAUCUGAUUCUGAUAUGUCUGUCGAGAGAGCACCUAAACCUUAAGAAGUCAUUCAUAGAGAUGUUAAGACAGGUUAGAGAAUUACUUAAAGUUAAAGAGUUGAAUAAGAAAAAUAAUUAAAUCCUAGAUUGAAAGCUAAAGAAGAUAAAUAAGCAAUUCUAUAAGCAAACAAAUAACAAAUAGAAAUGUGGUCAAAAGGACUUGUUUAAAUAUAAGAGAAAUAGAAGAAGUAAGAAGAUGCUCAAUAAGCUUUAGUAACUAAGAAUGAAGAAUAAAUAAAAUAAAUUGAUAUGUAAUUAAUGGGCCAAUAGAAAUUUGAUGAUCCAAUGAGAAAGAUGAUUUAAGAAGAAGAUGAUAAAUAAAUUACAUUAAAGCAAUCUGAUUUCUUAUUAAAAUGUAAAUUCCCACCUCCAAUCAAUAGAUUCAAUAUAUUACCUGGAUUUAGAUGGGAUGGUGUUGAUAGAAGUAAUGGUUAUGAAAUGAAGUUAUUGAAUUCUAUAAAUGAUAACAAAUAUAAGAAAUUAGAAAAACAACUUGAAAAUAUGAGAGAUUAAUGA